GGUGGUGGAGGAGGACGAGGGUUACAGCGCGCCGCCGAAGCCGCCGGGGUCCGAGGAGAGACUCAGGUACCGUCGGGGAGGAGGGAGACGGAGACGCGGUGUGCCGUUCAACCGGAGCGGCUACUACAUGCUGAUAGUGAUCGGGGAGAUCGGAACGGAGCAGCAGCUGGACGCCGUCAGAGCGCACAUAGAGCGGGGAAUCCGAUCCUGGGACGUUGACCUGAAGUGCUGCGACCUUGAUCAGCAGCUGCAGCUCUUUAUAACCCGUCACUCCGCCCACUUCUCCUCCGAGGUCAGAGGUCAAAGGACUCUCCACCACAGAAGUGAUGUCUUGGAGACCGUAGUGCUGGUCAACCCUUCAGGAGACAACGUCACAUCAGAGAUCGAGUCUCUGGUCACUGACUCUGCAGCACACAAGCUCCUGGUCCUGAGUGGUCAGAGCUCGGAUCACGGUGGCCUUCUUCUUCAGAGCGGGGCUUUCAACUACCAGACCUUCUCACAAGUCUUUGCUAAUCCUGGGGUCAGUGAAUUGCUGGGCACAACAGCCCCGAAGCAGCGGGCUACACUUACUGUGUCCUGCCGCGGGGAGGUGGGCUGGAGCUCCCUGGGACAGCAACAGACCCUGAGGGAGUUUCUGGAAUACAAACUAAACCCUGAAUCUGUUCUUCCCAAGAUGGAGGGCGUCACCGAGUUCACAGAGUACAUCUCUGAGACGGUGGAUGUCCCUUCACCUUUCGACCUCCUGGAGCCUCCCACAUCCGGAGGCUUCCUGAAACUGUCCAAGCCGUGUUGCUACAUCUUUCCCGGUGGGCGCGGAGACUCGGCUCUCUUUGCCGUGAAUGGCUUCAACAUCUUAGUGGAUGGAGGCUCUGAGCGAAAGUCAUGCUUCUGGAAGCUGGUCCGUCACUUGGACCGCAUUGACUCAGUUCUGCUCACACACAUCGGCGCUGACAAUCUCCCAGGAAUCAAUGGGCUGCUCCAGAGGAAAAUAGCAGAACAAGAAGAGGAGCAUUCUCAAGGCUCCGUCAACUACACUGACUGGAUGAAGAACCUGAUCUCUCCUGAACUAGGUGUGGUGUUCUUCAAUGUACCUGAGAAGCUCCGUAUGCCAGAAUCUAAUCUCAAAGUGAAACGCAGCAUCGAGGAAGCCUCCCUGACUUUGCAGUACCUAAGUAAACUAGGAAUCAAACCUGAACCUCUCUUUCGAGUGUCCAGCAACACCAUCGAGCCCAUUACUCUGUUCCACAAGAUGGGAGUGGGCAGGUUAGACAUGUAUGUUCUCAACCCUGUGAAAGACAGUAAAGAGAUGCAGUUUUUAAUGCAGAAGUGGGCUGGCAACAGCAAGGCCAAAACUGGCAUUACUCUGCCCAGUGGGAAAGAAGGAGAAAUAUCUGUUCCCUACCUGACUUCAGUUACAGCCUUGGUUGUCUGGCUUCCUGCCAACCCUUCAGAAAAGAUCAUCAGAGUGCUGUUCCCUGGGAAUGCACCACAGAACAAGAUCCUGGAAGGGCUCGAAAAAUUAAAGCACCUUGACUUCUUGCGCUAUCCUGUCGCCACACAAAAGGAAAUUGCCUCCGGAGCUCCUCCCUCCGUCAUAAAACAAACCAAAUUAAAACAAAGAACAGACAGCAAAGAGAGUCUCAAGUCGUCCCCGAAGACGACUGCAAAAGCCUCAAAGAAAGAAACCGAAGGACAAGACGAUGUCUCAGCCACCACGGAGGCAAAGAGUGACUCAGUCAAGGAAAAUAUAGUAGAGAAAAAAGAGGAGAAAAAGCCCACUAAAAUCAUAAAAUCCAAAAGUGAUGUUCCAGAAAAGAAAAAGCUCCUGAAAGAAAAAUCGAUAAAAAAGCACCCGAAGGAAAGGGUGUCAAAGAUGGAUGAGAAGAAGGACAAGGAAAAGAAAGAGGUCAAGAAGGUGAAGAGAGACGACUCCGCGAAAAAAGAUGACAAGAAAGACGUUAAGUCCAGAGACGACAAAAAGAAGGACGCAUCCAAACCAGAGCUGAGGAAAAUGACAAAGCCUGAGCUGAAGCCGUUUACACCAGAGGUCAGAAAGACAUUACACAAAGCUAAAACCACAAGUAAAGUGAAGACUGGAAAAAGCAAAGCAGCAAAGGCUUUACCUGCUGAGAUUAAGCCAGAGGAGCUCAAACCUGAAACUAUUGAACCAGAACCAACAGAGAAUGGAGCUGUGGAGGUCACGUCUGUCAACUCAACCCCUGAAGACCUCACCAAGGAUUUUGAAGAGUUGAAAAAGUCUGUUUCUGCAGAUCCUUCCGAAGAAGAGAAGCAGGACCCACAAGAAACCAUUGCUCCUAAGUCUCCUGAAAAGGAUGGUUCAACCCCAGAAGCAAAGGCAGAAGAUGAAGACAAGGAGUUGAGAGAAAUGGAUGAGGCUCAAAAGUUUGAGGAUGAAGGAGCAGCGUCUCAGGAUGAAGACGAGGAAGAGGAAGAAGAAGAGGCCCCAGCUGCUAAAAAGAAAGCUGAUGAGGAGGAAGAAGAAGAUAUGGGAAUUGGUGAAGAGGAGGACGAAGCAAAAUGGAAGGAGGCAAAGGACGAUGAGCUUGAGAGGAAACAUGAGUUAGAAGAAAUGGAGAAAUCAGGAAAUCUGGCAGCUCAGAUCCCGGCAAAAGAUAUUCCCUUCGAAGAAGAAGAGGAAGAAGUGCUGGAGAAAGCCGAACUGGAGGAGGUAGAAGAUUUAGAUGUCAUAGCAGAUGAAGAGAUCAAACCUGAAGAUGCAGCCGAAGAAGAGGAAGAGGAGGAGGGCUACCUGUCGCAUGUUGGAGGGGCCACAGCUCCCAUAACUUCAGUAUUUCAAGGAGCCACUGCUGCUGAACCCAUCUCCUACAUCCAGGACGAGACCAUCCCCGGCUACUCUGAGACAGAACAGACCAUCUCUGACGAGGAGAUUCACGAAGAGGCCGAGGAGAGGAUACCUCACCUUCAAUAUGAUGUUGGUACCUACGACAUCUCUGUUCCAGAUCAAACCGAAUCAUUUGUAAACAUUCACGGCAUGGUCGAGAUUCAAGCUGCAGCCAUGACGGAGAAAAUGUUCAUCCCAGGCGUGCAGGAGCAGGUAUCGGUGUUCACCAACAUCAUCACCGCUCCUCUGGCAGAAGAGGAGCAUGUGUCUUCUGCGACGUCCAUCACCGAGUAUGACAAAGUGUCCUCCUUUCCCACUUCUAUCGCCGAAGAUCAAUCUGUGGCCUCUGCCACAGCUCCUCGAGCCGAGGAACCAGUUAAAAGCCCCCUUUCCUCCCCACCUGAUGCCAGCAAAGAGCAGCCACUCUCUGCAGGAACUAUUUCCCCACCUUCUCUGGAAGAAGACAAACAAAUAAAGUCUCCAUCUGAUGACUUGCAUCUUCCGGUUGCAGAAGUAAAGACUUCGACUAAAGCUCCUGAAGCUCACUUUGAAGAGGAGGAGGAGGAAGAAGAAGAGGAGGAUGAAGACCAAACUCCUAAUGUUGAAAUGUCACUUGAGAAACUCCAAGAGGGCUAUGCUUCAUCCCAAUUUUUACAAGAUAAAGAGACUGAUAUCAAACAGCUUGUUGGCUCAGUUUCUCCAGUUUCUAUAAAAGAAACCAAACCUAUCCACCUUCCAAUUGAAGAAGAGAACAUAGAUGCUGUUGCACUUAAAGAUAAUUCAUCUGUUGUGCCUACUAGACCUUUUGGAUCGGACUCUGUGACUUCAGAAAGCGAAGAGCGCUGCUUCAGUCCAGAUGAUAUCACUGUGAAAAUGGCAUCUCCUCCUCAUUCUGGACCACAAAGUCCAGCUCACUCUCCUCUUCGUCAGUCGCCAGUGGAAGACAAGAUGAAGGUGUUCCCUGGUUUGGAGCAGCAAAAGCAAGAGGAGGUCCUCCAUGUCGUCACAACAACCGAAACUACAAAGAAGGAUGAAGUAGAAGCACAAGAAGAUAAACAGAAAGCAGAUCAACUGGAAGGGGACAUUUCCACAUCUUUGAAGAAAGACAUAAAAGAGGUUCCAGUGAUGAAGGAGUCAGAAAAAGACUCUUCAUCUGUGCAAAAAGAUGAAGGUAAAGACACAGAAACAAUCCCUACUGUUGCGUCUUCAACAGAAGUUCAGUCACCCAUGUUAGGAAGGGAAUCCCUCAUCUCUUCUGGACACAUUGAUGAAGAGGUCGACUCUACGCUUAAAGAGAAAGAACCUAAAGUGCCUGUCCCAAGUACUUUGCCAGAGAGGGAGAGCAGCUUCCUGGACGACGUUAGCGACGAUGAUGAGAACAAGAAAGAUGAUGACGACCAUCACGAUGAUAAAUCUGCAGUUAAGGUGGAACAGGAAAAAGAAAUGGACGACACUUCCGACGUCAUACAAAUGAAGGAUGAGCAAAAGCAGAAAUCAGUCAACCAGGAAGACGUUGCUGCCGUCACGUCCAUCACAGAUGAGAAAGACGCAGUAAAGGGGAUCACCUCGGAUAUAAAACCCAUAAAGGAAGAGCAAAUUGCAAAAGACCUUUCCACAGUCGAUGGAGAUAUUAAAGACGAACAGAAAGAGCCUGAAAAAGAUCAAACUGACGUCAAAACUACUAAAGAAGCAGAGAUGGAAAGUGAUGCAUCUCAGGUCAAACAAAUCAAAGAUGAGCAGAAAGAUGAUGAUUUUGACCUCAAAACCAAAGCUGAGGCUAUGGAAACUGAGGUUAGAAAGGAUGAUGUGUCUAAGAGUGAUGUUUUGAAAGAGGAGGAGAAGAAAGAGACAGACAAGGGUGAUAUUUCUAGUCCUGUAAAGGCUGAAGCGAAAGAGAUUGAAAUGCUCCACACCACAGAUAUCAAGCCUGUUAAAGACGAGAUGGAAAAAGAGUUAAAGAUGGACGAUAUGCCCGUCAUUGAGCAAGCUAAAGAUGAGAAAAAGGAGGCAGAAACAUCUGAUAUGAAAGUGAGCGAGGAUAAGAAAGAGAUGGGAAAGAUAGACCUAUCUGCUACUGAGCCUUUUAGUGAAGAGGAGACAGAAAAAGAGAAAGGGAUGGGUGACAUUACUGGGGCUAAACUCACCAAAGAAGAAGAAACUAUUAGCAAGACUGAUAUGUCUGCUGUUAUCAUAGAAGAAGAAAAGGAGCAUGCUAUUUGCAAAGAUGCUAUCUCGCCCAAGACCUCAAGCCCCACCACAGUGGAGGAAAGGGAUGCAACUCUGAGGAAAGAUGACAUUUCUGCCGCCAAGCCAACUGCAGAAGAAGAAAAAGAGAAAGAGAAAAGCAAAGACGACAGCUAUGACACAAAGGAGCACGAAAAAGAUAUGACGACAAGCAAGGAUGAUGCUAGCACCGUCAAACCUACUGUAGAAGAAGACCAGAAGGAAGUUGUGAGUAAAGAUGAUGCUGCAGCUACUAAACUUACCAAGGCAGAAGCUGAAGAAAAACUGACAAUUAUGGAAGAUACUUCCUCAUUACAGACACUUAAGGAUAGCGUCAAACCAGUCAUGGAGGACGAAAAGGGUCAAGAAACAGACAAAGAUAAAGAUGACACUCCACCUGCCAAGACGGAGGAAGAGGAUGUCAUGAUGAGCAAAGACAUUUCCACUGUCAAAACAUCAGAGGACGAAUUUGAUGCUAAACCUAUCACACAAGACGAAAAGGAGAAAGAUAUCUGUGCUGUCAAAUCAGGUAUGGAAGAGGAAACAGAGAAAACAGCAGACAAGGAGGAAACUGCAGUAACAAUUAAGGAUGACCUUUCUGGUAUGCAAUCUACAAAGGAUGAAGAAAGCAAAGAUGGUGUAAAAAGCCCUGCAGAUGAGGACAAGGCUGAGUUAAAAGAUGUAAAAGUCAUCAAGGAAGAGGCAAAAGAUGUACCAAAGGAUGAAAUAUGUGAAAAAGACAUGAAAGAAAAGAGUUCUGUGCUUGUAUCUAAGGAACAGAGCGUUGAUACUUCCGCAAAAAGUGAAGAAGUAAAGGAUAAGGACACUGAAAAAGAUGAUGCGGACAAAGACAAAGCAACAGACUCCAGUGUUGAACAACCCAAGGACGUGGAUAUCAAACAGGAGGCCGUGAGGUCUCCAUCAUUCACUGCUAAAGAUGAGAAAGAACAAAAAGAUGAUUAUUCAUUUGAGUCUGAAUCUAAGAAAGAUGAUAAAAAACAGGUAGACCUUCCUGUGUCUGAGAUCUUUGAAGGGGAGAAAACUAAAAAGGAUGAUAUUUGUGACGAGAGUGUUAAGGAAAUACAUCAAGAAACCUCUGAAAAGUCUGAUGAAACAAAGAAAGAGAAGGAAACUCUCGGAGCUACGUCAAUAGAGAUGCAGCAAGACCCUUCUAUAAGUACAUCAAGUAAAGACUUGUCUCCAAGCCACUCCCAGGAGGAGGAAGACCAAGAUGAACAGGCAAAGGUUGUUGUUGGUCAAGCAGAGAAGACGGAGAAAGAAAAAGACGACACACAUGUUGCUGAACUGAGCAAAGAACAGAAAAUGGAGAAAGAACAAGAAAAAGAAUACACAUAUGAGACUGAUGACACCAAAGAUGAGAAGACAAAACAAGUAGAGGAUGAAAAGAUGCUCAAAGAAAAGGAUUUAGGUGACAAGAAGACAGAUGAGAUCACUGAGAAAGACUCUGAUGCCGACCACACCAAAGAGGAGAAAUGGGAGAAAGAGGAGUUACAAGAGAAAGACCUGGAGAAAACCGUCCAACCACCUGAAGAGACAGCUUUAGGAGAAGCAUCCAAGACAGAUAGCAAACCUGCAUUUGUGGUUCAGUCGUCCGAUGAAGACAGGGAAGAUGUAGAGGAGGAGGACAUUUGUAUGGGAGGAGCCGGCUCCAGACCUCUGUCCGUAGAUGUGAAGAAAUCAGAACAUGACAUCCCCUCUGUAGGUCUUCCAUCGUCCCAAAGUGACUCAACUAAAACACCAAUAUCAGUCGGAGUGAUCAUACCAACUCUUACAAUGCAGGAGCCCUCUGUUGAUGAAGACAUCAAAGAGUUUGACAAAGAAGAAUCCAGUUUUUCACCUGAAGCUGGGAAAGAUGUUGUGAAAACAGAACCCCCAGCUGCACCUCCUGCAAAGCCAGAGCCCUCCUUUGAUACUGUGACAUCAAAGGAGGACACAGCCACUAUUCCCAAACAAGAAACAGCUUCUGAUGUGCCGGCAAGUAAAGCCGAACCAGAUGAGGAAAAGCCUGUUUUGUCUACAGUAUCGAGCACUGACAGCCAACCGAGGAGCUCCACGCUCUCCAGCACUGAGAGCCAGUCAGUGUGGAGGAAACACCUCAAAAAGAGAAACAAACACCGUCCCUAUUCAGCUCAGAGGACAGUGCUACAGAGAAGACAAAGAAGAACAAGCCAGACAGAGGUUGGAGGAGCCAUGUUCCUCCUGGAUGAUCAGUACAAAGAAGAGCCUCUGUCCUUCAGUAGAGUCGACUACAGCCCGGUGUCUCUGACCGAGAGUGAAAGAAGCAGCCACCAUAGUCCAAGUGCCUCACCUAGAUAUGAAGACAGAGAGAAAGGCCAAGAGGAGGAAAAGGACAAACCUGAGAAAUCUGAGAAAGAAAAGGAAGAUAUGAUGGAAGGGGCAGCAGCUUUUCCAACAGAAGCGACACAAGAAAGUGAUCUGGUUUCUAGCAGUACAUCUGCUCAAUCAGCAAAAAAAGACAUGUUACCUCAACAAGCCACACCUUCAGAGAAAGAAGAAACUUCCAGGCCUGUAUCUGCCGCCACAUUUUCAGGACAAGAAAUAGACGAUAAUGUUUUGGCAUCUGACAACAGUCAAAUUAGCAGCUCUGCCUCCUGUAAACCAACAGUAGACUUUCCUGAUGGAAAAGAGAGCUUUAUAGAUAAAAGGUUACUUGUAGAGGGGGAAGAUUUCAAUGUGGAUGAUGAUGAAGACGAAGAUGAGGACGAGGAGGAGGAUGAAGAGGAGGAGUUGAGCGAUGUAGAUAUGGAAAAGGGUGCAAGGGAACAGUCUGAAAAAGAAAUGUGCAGACGUUCCUCUGGUGACAGUGCUAUGUUAGCAGAGCUGGAGGACUCAAAUAAAAAGUCUCCGUUGGCUGAAUCAAGCGUCCUUAAAGAGGACAAAGACUCUCAACCAACAGCUGGUGAAGCUUCAUCUUCAGACAAGCAGGAUGUAAGCAAAAUGCCACAAUCACCUGAAACAAAACCACUCAAAGAAGAUGAUGCAACCACAUCCAAACUCCCUGAGACAAAGAGUGAAGAUGUUGGUAAAACAGCUUCGUCACCAGACCCUCACAAAAUGGACGAAAGCCAUCUCACUUCAUCAGAUCUUCCUAAACUCCCUGAGACAAAGAAAGAGCUUCUGUCUCCUGAACCAACCACAAAGAGGAGGUUAUCAUCGGCUGAGGAUACCUCCUAUGAAGCCCUACAGACAACAAAGGGAGAUGACGACAAAGAGUCUCUAUCUCCAAGCUUUCUGAAAAAGGAUGCUUGUCAACCAAUGUCUACAAGCACCUUAACAGCCAGCUUUUUGCCACCUGCACAUUCAGAGUCUGAACCUUUAUCUAGACCCUCCCUCCCUCUAAGUGGAAGCUAUGCCGACAUCGGACAGAAUAGAUCUGGAGGUUAUUCUGAGCAUUUUUACAGUGAGGACAGUCAACCUAGUUUGAAAGAAGAUAAGAAAGAAACCUCAGAUGCCUCCCAGCUAUCAAAGCUAAGCGAUGAUAAAUAUUACAGCCAAGAAGAAAGUCUAGACGAGAGGCAGAGCUUAGAUAUCACCGCAAAACACAAGGAAACUGCCUCAUCACCUUGCACAUACACCACCCUAACAUACUCUACUUCCACAUUCUCCUCCACAUCGUACAGUUACUCUUCAUCAGCCUCAACAUCUGGCCCCAGCAAAGAGUCUGGAGACAAAGCUAAAACGAUAUCAGGCUCUACUGUACCUCUAGCCAAAGAGGAGACAUCAGUCAGAGCUGAGUCUUCAAGCUCUUGCUUUGGAGGGUUUCAGAGAGAUGAGUACAUGGAGGUGACGACUAAACCCACAACUAAAGUGUUUUUACCCAGCCAGUUUGAUGAGACCAAAACAUCAUCAUCAGUCCUGUCUACCACUGCCAAACAGACUGUGGAUGAAAGUGGUUCUGCAAAGCCUGAAACGGACACAAAGAAGACGCAAACGGUGUCAGGGAGUGAUGAAAACGCAGAGACGGCUAAAGACAGUGAAAGCAUGAUGUGUAAAGACAGCACAGAGGAGAAGAAGGCAACCACUGAUACAAAGAUGUGUGGAAAAGCAGGAGAUUGUAAGAAAGACAAGGAGGAGAAGAGCUCUUCGGAAAAGCCACCAGAGAGAUUAUUGGAAAGGAGAAGGAGCAGUAUAUCUGAUUGGGAGCUACUACAAAGGCCUGAAGACUGCCCAAGUGCCCCUCCUCCAGGUUACAGGGAUGACGAUGAGGAUGAAGAGGAUGAGGAAGCGAUGGAAUGGAUGACUAGUGCCCACGGGACCUCUAUGUCCUCCUCAAAAGAUGCCUAUCACACAGAAACAUCCAGCCAAGGAGCAGCAAGGGCGGAUCGUCCUUCUGACUUGAACACCGGAGCCACCUCCUCUUCCUCACAUCCAGGCUACUCCUCCUGCGAAUACAAACACCGCAAAGGAGACCUUUCUCCAUCGUUCAUCAACCCCAGCCCUCAUCCGCUCUCCAGUGACGAGGGCGAGGGCCAGGAGGAAGAUCGCAGUGACCAUUCACAGGAAGGGGACGAGGACGAGCAGGAGCAACACUCUGUCAAAAGGAGGUCGCACAAGCAGAAGUCCCACCACACUCAGAGUCAUCAUGGAGACUCCGGACAGGGCCCUCAGCAGCUGCCCGGCCCCAUGUCUUCUGGUUUGGCUGUGACUUUAGCUGGAGAGGAAACUCCUCCCACAUCAGUGAGCGAGUCGUUACCUUCACAGUCGGAUUCUGACGUCCCUCCAGGAACCGAAGAGUGUCCGUCCAUAACAGCUGAAGGGAAUCUGGACUCAGACGAGGACGCUGAACAUCUUCCCGUGGACAAAUUAUCUGCAGCUGCGGCCGGUCAUCAUCCUUCAUCACCCAGGACAUCGCAGAAGACUCAUGAUCCCGCUCCAACCCCGAUGAAGGACCCUUAUCCCCACCCUCCGCACCCAGAUGUGUGCAUGGUGGAUCCAGAAUCUCUUCUCAACGAUCACAGCAGCACAGAGAAACUUCUUAAAAAGGAGCACAAAACCACCAAGGGCCUCAGAAAGAGCAAACCCAAGUCGGCAUCCCCUUCCCGUAAGGGUGAAGUCAGGAAGAGGUCCUCUACUCCAUCGAAACAGGCCUCCAAGGACUCCUCCUCACCUCGAUCAGCGUCCCUGAAGAGGAAGGACACGGACAGAAGCUCCAGGCUGAUCAAGAUGUCUGAGACUCAAGGCUCCAGGACUGAGAUCCUCAGUCCGGGGAAAGGCUUGGUUAAUGGUGUCAAGAGCAGUUCAGGUAACAACUCCCAGAAAACUGGCUCUGUUGUUCCCGCUGGACCCCCCAUCUAUGUCGACCUGGCCUAUGUGCCCAACCACUGCAGUGCCAAGAACGUGGACCAGGAGUUCUUCAAGAGAGUGCGAGCGGCGUACUACGUGGUGAGCGGGAACGACCCGGGCAGCGGAGAGCCGAGCCGUGGAGUCCUGGACUCCCUGCUGGAGGGCAAAGCUCAGUGGGGCUCCAAUUUACAGGUGACUCUGAUCCCGACCCACGACACAGAGGUGACCCGGGACUGGUACCAGCAGACCCACGAGAAGCAGCAGGACCUGAACAUCAUGGUUCUGGCCUCCAGCAGCACCGUCGUCAUGCAGGACGAGUCCUUUCCCGCCUGCAAGAUCGAGUUCUGAGCUUCACGAGCCCCGCUCUGAUCCCCCCCCCCCAUCAUCUCUUCUCACUCACAGCAGAGCGACCAGCACUCUCUGCUUCUUCAAAGCUUCUCGCUCUCAAAUGCAUUUGCUGCAGCACUCAAUGCACUAAAUUCUGUUCGCUGAAAUCAAAGUCAAAACAUUGGGUUUAUGCUUUCAUGUGGCAGUUAGGUUAUCAUGCAAAUAUUAACAUAGUUUAUAUGCCCUAAAACACUCCUCCACUAGCUCUUACAAUCUGGGUGAGAACACCUUUUCAAUAACACAACGAUGCUUUGUUUCCCUCGUAUCUCAGAUGAUAUGUUUUCAGCCACAGUCACACGACAGAUUAGUAGUUCUUAAACUGUUGGCUUGACUCCUAAUUAACUCAGAAAUAUAAUAAUCUUAGAUCCUAAUCUAAAGUUAAAAUCCAAGUGAACCCGUGAUCGAAAAUGUGUUUAGAUUGUAUUCACCGUGUUGACCAAAGAGGAGACGUUCCUCUGUUUAUUUUCCAUGAUAAAAAAACCCAUCAUUUGCAAUUCUGAUCAGUAGCUUCUGGAUUUACUCGAUGCAUACGACAUCAAUUGAUGUAAAGUAAAAGACAAAAAAACUAAACCGUUCUUGUUAUUCGUGGUGAAGUUUUAGGAGGUGCCUGAGGUUGCCACUGUUUGAGAUGUUACUUCUCGGCUUUCACUCUUAAGCUGCUGCAUGGUGCUUGCGUUUUAGCUCAAACUGCGUAGAGGUUGAAUCCUUUCUUUAGCCAAGUGUUGGAAGCAGUUUAGAGUAGAUAGGUUACUACGCUGUUUGGCUGUGAAUUCAAUAGGCAGAAGGACGAUGUUUGGCUCCUCUUCAUCAUGCUCUUUGUCGGUUGUAUGAACUCCAGUACAAACGUAGGUGUCUAUAUCAAUACAGAGGUUAUGUUAAAUAAUUAGAAAAUGUGUCUUAAUGCAGGAAAUGAUGAGCAGUGCUUCUGAUUAUGCAUUUGAGAAGAAGGUUUAUGUAAAAUUAUCUGUAGUUUCCUCCUGUUCAACAACAUUUUACCGCCUCUGUCAAUACCAUAAAUCGACGAGGAAAAGAGAGUAAUUUACACGUGACUAAUGUAGCAACGAAAGAGAGAGUCACGCCAGUGGGAACGGCAAUAUAUAUAUUUAUCACUGGGGUUGUAUUUCAGGAAAAUGAGUGUGUGUGAAGGGUGUUACAGGAGGCGUUUUUCAUGUGCCUUUAGCUUGAUGUUUUGGAGAGGAGGGGCUAAGGACCAGUCAGCCAUUGUGAGGCGGAGCUAGAAACCAGGGUAAAACAAAACAAGAACACAACUUUGAAAUAAAGGACCAAUCCAUUCAUACCAAUACGCACAAACCGUAUCCACACUCUGAAAUAGUACACUCAAUAACUGAAGAGCUCUUUAAUCCAAUUCAGCAUUAAUGCCACUUUUAAACAAAUAUGAAUGUCAUGGAGCGAGGUCUUGCACCUGAAAGGAAUGUAAGUUUCUGAGUGUUUAGGAAUCGGAUGAAGUAGUUGAAGCACAGAGUGUGUGUGGUGAUAGAAAAUUACUUUUACCUGUAUUUUAGAACAAUGUCAAACUAUUCUAUCUUGUAUAUGAAGAAGCAAUUACCCAAUAUUAUCCCAGAGAAAUAUUUAUUACAGAAUGAGCAUGAAUGAUUAUGUGCUGGAUGCUGAUUUAAAGUGAAUGUCUUUGCAAUAGUUGUGUGUGAUAUAUGACACAUACGACACACACUUCUUUCUGAUGGUGAUGUGUUGAGUGACUCCUCUUAACUGGGUUUAGCAUGAAACGUCUUUCUGCUUUUUCACAGCCGCUUUAAAGAGUCGCUCAUAUUUAAUUUCUAACAAGGCCAACUUUUAUUUAUUCAUUUUGAUCUAAAUUCAACAAAAUAAUUUACAAAUGAUUUUGUUUGAUUUGUAUUUUUUUGUAAUAGUUACUAUAUUUUAAAUUUUAAGAAGUACAUUUCUGCCGACAUGUCUCAUCACUGGCUUGUUUUUUUUUCUUACUUUGUUAAUAUUUUGCUUUGUGAGGACUGAUAUGAGGCUAUGGGUCGCGCCAGUCUGGGCGAUGGAGGAGGGGAGGCUUGGAUUUACAGAAAGGUCUUUGUCUGAGCUAUUGAUUCGUCCACACGUUGCCAACUAAAAGCGGAAAGGAUCCUCUGCUUCUUUACUUUAACUUCACUAAAUUAUUUCUCUCAGUCUAUAUGGUUAAAACAGCUGGAGUGUGUUGUCAGCGUUUGAUAGCCAGUGCCAUUCCCUUUCCCUAUGUAACGCUCACACUACCUUUAUACCUCAUCUUCCAAAGCCUCCGUGCUCUCUGCUCUGCCUGGCCUCCCUUACCAUUAUCCUCGUCCAUUAUGCACUUUCUGAGCCUUGAUAUGCAUCUCAUGCUUGUGAUGAUUCGGAGGCAGACUUCUUAUGUUAUCCCACUGGGGAGAGUUUGAUGCAGGUUGUAUAUUAAACAGCUGGAGAACGCACAAGUACACACAGUCUGUUGGGAGUUGAUGGACUGAAGGGCACACUCAGAGGAGAGGCGAGGUUUAUAUUGACUUAAAGUAAAAAAGUCCUUCGAUGUUGUCUGGAAAUAUGGAGCAGAUUUUGUGGAGGGUCGGAUAUGUUGUGUUGUUUUUAAGUUGGCAGAUUCCAAAUACCCAGCCUUGAGAUUUUUCAAGGCAUCAGUAGAACGCUGUGAAUCGCUCAAUACUGAACUGUAUGACGACAUACAGAAGCUGAAUGCACUAUAGAGGAGAUCUAUUUUUCUGAAUGUUGAGUUGGGACGACCAUGUGAAUGGUGCUGGAUCAAAAACAAUAGAGAAAAAAUAAAUAAAAACUAAACACACCAGCCUUGACAGAAAAUACAGUUUAGGGGAGCGGAGGAUGAGAGCAGAUACUGUCUUACGUCUCAUUGCAUGUGUGGUUCUGUUCAGAUGGGACGGAGAGUGAGAGAGAUCCCGUAACAAACACUUUAACAGAAACACAGAAAUAGUUCUAAAUGCAACUUUAACUUUUUCCUGAAAAUGACUUGAAACACAUGCAGACUAAAAAAAAUAAAUGGAUGAAUUCAAACAAAGGCCACACGUACACGUAUGUACUGUGCACAGACCUGUACAUAUCGCUCUGGAAACAAAAAACCUGGAAGAUAUAUAACAAACUAUCCUUCUUUUAGCCGGUUUUAGUGACAAUAUUCAAGAUAACUACACAACACAAGAUACAGAAUGAAAUAUAAAUCUAUCAGUUCAGUCUCAUCGCCAUACCUGCAUUGAAAUGAAGAUUUCAUUUGAUCUCAAUAUGGUGUCAUCUGCCCAUUUAAUCUCUGCAUGUGAUUUAUUUAGUUAUAAUCCUGAAUGUAAUUGUUUAACAUGGAAGUAAUAAUAAAAAAUACAAUGCUAUUUUAAAGAGGUAUAUUUGAAAAAAGAACAAAAAAAGCUUAUUGUCUUAACUGGAAUACAGUAAUAUAAUACUGGGCUGUGCUUUCAUUGUUUGCCCUGUUAACAUGUUGUUAAGAAAAUGCUGUAUUGGUAGUUCUGUUUGAUUCUCUCUUUUCUUUUGCAUUGUAUUAAUCUUAGUUAUGUUCUCUUCCUCAGCGCAAUAUUCAAUAUCUCUCUGUCUCUUUAAAUCUAACUUGUAAAAGUAGAACUACUUCAGAUUCAUUGUAAAAGGGAAACAGCCUGGUGAUCAUCAAUAAAGUACAUUUAAAUCUCA